GGUCUCCUAAAGGGAUUUGGGGCCGGCGGCUCCGCCAUUGCUGUGAUGCUUUAUCCGAGAGAGGUUGCUCAGGCAGCAGAACGGCCGUCAGGGAGCUCGUCACAAGAUAACGCUCUGCUCUCACCAGAUACGAAACAGAUGCUUCGGAAACUGUGGAAUUUGCUCAGGAAAUUUCAGCUGCCUAUCGGUUUGAUUCUUUUGGUUGUGUACAGUUGGAAGAAACCAAUUGUUCUCGCCAUCAACACUUUGCUUCUACUCUACUCUACAAGGCCGGACCCCUAUUCCAUAUACUUGUUUCUUCAGGAGAUUCAUCAAGGGAAGGUGCGUCAGAAUCCUGCUUUGUGGAGGGAUGAGUUCAUGCAGACUAGAAAAGUUGAUACUGAAGACUACAAGUUCUUUUCUAUCGGAAGAGUUGAAUUAAAGGACGGAACUGUGCUACAUGCCAUCGGAAUUCUGGGCAACUGGUGGACCUAUCAUGUGUCUUAUGCCAAGAGAGUGCAGUCCAUGUAGCAUUUACUUUUCGUUCUGAGAAAUGGCUA